CACCGAGGCGAUAAUCUGAUCAAAAACCGGCGGUCCGCUAUUCGGCCUGCGAUCCACCCAGCGGCCAACCACGACCACCAAACCAGAGGAAUCCCCCGAACAAAGCUUACAUCCUCCUCCACCCCUCCAACCGAACCGGCGCAUCUUCAGAUCAUUUACCACCUCAUGCGAUUCCGAUAGUACACCGCCUGCAGCCUCUUGCCGCCACCGCAAUGGGGCUCAUAGGCGGCAUCUCUCCUGGCGGGAGCAUAGCUCUUGGAAUCAUAGUCGGCCUUUUGUCCACGAGCGUUCAGAGCCUAGGCCUCACACUCCAACGAAAGUCGCAUAUACUCGAAGACGAAAAGGCACCCUACGAUGUGAGGCGGCCGCCAUAUCGAAGGAGGAGGUGGCAGCUGGGGAUGGGCAUGUUCAUCAUAUCCAACAUAGUCGGAAGUUCGGUUCAAAUAUCCACGCUCCCGUUGCCGGUUCUGUCGACACUUCAGGCCUCGGGCCUGGUCUUCAACUCAAUUUGCGCCACCCUCAUACUCGGAGAACCGUUUACAAGGUGGUCACUGUGGGGGACAUUGCUUGUUUGCGGCGGCGCCGUCUUAAUCGCCAUCUUCGGCGCGAUCCCCUCGCCGGCGCACAAGCUGAGCGAGCUGCUGGACCUAUUGGGGAGACGACCGUUCGUGCUCUGGAUGUCCUUCCAAGCCGUCUUCGUCAUCGGCCUCGCCAUCGCCACCGAACUCGUGAGCCACUUCACGACGCUGAUGCAAGACCCCCGAUUCCGUCUCGCGCGAGGCUUCUCGUACGGGUGCAUAAGCGGCACCUUGUCCGCGCACUCCCUUCUCGUGGCCAAGUCAGCCGUUGAGCUGAUCGUCAGGACGAUCGCCGACGGCGACAAUCAAUUCGUCCACUGGCAGUCGUGGAUGCUAGUUCUCAGCCUCGUCACUCUCGCGCUGACCCAACUCUAUUAUCUUCACCGCGGCCUCAAGCUGGUCUCGACAUCCGUUCUGUACCCGCUGAUAUUCUGCAUUUACAACAUAAUCGCCAUCCUCGAUGGGCUCAUCUACUUCCGCCAGACCGACCUCAUUAACCCUCUACGCGCAUGCCUCAUCACUCUCGGGACCGUCAUUCUCCUCACAGGUGUACUUGCGCUAUCAUGGCGUCUCAGCGACGAGCAACACACACCAGGCGUUGGGCAAUCAACAUUGGCACCCGGUCUCGGGCUCAUCGAGGAUACAGACGGCGAGGAAGAUGGCGAGGAGGUCUCACUGCGCUCUGCUCUCCUUGGUGAAAACGAGGGUGCAUCAUCAACCGAGUCCAACUAUCAAACGUUCGCGCUACCUGAGUCUCCGGAUGUUUCCAUGGCACCUGCUGGUUCCGAGUCCCAAAGACAAAGCCCAAUGACCCGCUCUACAAGGGCGGCCUCAUCCCGUUGGGCAGAGCGCGCCGAGAUCUGGGAUGAGCUCGAGGACCGCAGCACACCAGAACCGGCUUCCCCUGCGCUCAGUAGACGUCGGUCAACCACUCUACCCGGCCAUCGACAUUCGCUCUCGUUCGCAACAAGACGAGGGACAACGGAGUCUCGCCACCUUGUCCCCGGCGAAGCAGCCGAGGAGGCCGAGCCACUUAUGCCAUCACAACGGGUAAACUUCAAGAAACGGCGGAAAUCCACUGGUUUCCCCGGUUUUACGGCCAGGAAAUCCACGGCCAGGCAGUCGUCAGGCGGAUUUCAGAGCCUGGCAAGGAAUGUAUUUGGGUUGAAAUGGUGGGGCAAUAAGUCAAGGCCAACAGGAGUGGCGGACUCUCCGAGCGCGGGUUCUGCGAGUUGGGCAGUAGCUCCCACCCGCAGGGAGGAUUUAGAGGCCGGACUGGCAGGGUCUUCUUCAGAGGAGAGGCCGCCGCCGGUAUCUGACCCGAGGCCAAGUCAGGGGCCAGGGCCAAGUAGGACGAGGCAGGAUGAUUCCCCAGUUUAAAUUAAGUUGCUUUUUUCUCUUUUGUUCAACUGGUGUCCAAGUUGGAUCUGCAUUGGCGUGGCGUUGUAUGCGUUGAAGCAGAGUUAUACACAAUAUACCGUUCAAAUCAGAUAUCCCCACGGCG